AUGGCGACCAAGAGCCAUCUGAACCUGGUGCGGCUGCUCCGCAAGCUGGCGGAGCGAAUGGAGCAGAUUGUGGUGUAUGAAUUUAUGGCGAACGGUGACCUCGACCGCUGGAUCGGAGCAAACGCACCCCACCCUCUCACAAUGCAGCAACGGCUGAGCAUUCUCAUAGGCAUGGCAUGGGGACUAGAGUAUCUGCACAGCUUUGGCAUCGUGCAUCGCGACAUCAAGCCCGCCAACGUCCUGCUGGACGCACGCAUGCAUGCCAAGCUCGCUGACUUCGGGCUGGUGCGACUUGGGGAAGGUACAUCUGUGGCGGCUACAAGAGUCAUGGGCACACCAGGCUAUGUGGACCCCGCUUACUACCGCUCCCACAAAGCCACUCCCAAGGCGGACGUGCACAGCUUUGGCGUGGUGAUGCUGGCGGUGAUCACGGCUCGCAAGGCCGUCUACAACAUCGAGUCAAACCAAGUCAACCUCAAGCAGUGGGUGAGUGUGAGAAUAACACGAAAUAAUGCAUCCCUCGUGGCAGCAGGGGACGUGGCAGCACUCAAGGACCCGCACCUGCAAGCACCGGACGACUUGGUGCUGCGCAUGGCACGCCUGGCCCUCACCUGCACCGCCAUGCCCACGGCGUCUCGCCCGGGCAUGAGCCGCGUGCUGGCGGAGCUGCUGCUGCUCAAGGAGGAGUUCUAUGGGGAGGACGAGGACCGCAUGGCUGCCCGCAUCGACCACGAGAUUGAGAGCUCUGGGCAGGCGGAUUUUUGCUUAGAGAUGGCUCGUAUAGAGGGGAUUCAGGUUGGUAGUGACAUCACAGGAAAGCCAAAAAGCUGA